CGGUGAACUUGUAAACACUAGUUUCUUUCGUUGCGGAGGGUUUUUGUGCGCGCGUUUAUUGGAAGCGAGAGGAUUUUUUUUUCAAUAUUUUUAUGUGAAAUCGCUUUGACCAAUUCAUGUCAAAUGGACAAUUGAAUUUCAAGUGACACUUUCUGAUUCAGGGAAACAACGCAGGUAGUGCCUACUACAAAAGUGUAGUGCUUGGAUUGAAGAAACAAGUGAAUGCAAGCGAUUGGAUAUACCUAAUACAGAAAUUUGGAUUUAGGUUGGAUCGUACACAUCUUGAAAAUGUUUGUCGGUCACAUUGCAGAGUAUGGAACGGAUGGAGGCCGUCCGAGUGGCGGUUCUGGUGACUCUUUUUCGCUGAAUCGCAGCCAUUGCGGCUGCUGGUGAAUUUUGGUGGUGUGGAAACGUCACAAAAAAUUAACAUAUUCACACGCAAGCAGUUUUGUGUCAGCGCGCGGUGCGCAACAGGUUCAAGUCACUUUUAACGCGAGGGUGCUCGUGUGAUUUUUGCUGUGUGUUUUCGGUUAGCCUGCCACGGUAUUGACGGUGGCUGUGUACAUGUAAUCAAGCGAGCUCAGCCUCGGCUGAUGAUGACUACCGGUGACGAUGAGGUUAUAGGACAGUACGGGGUGCUGUGAAAUGUGUGAUUUGAGGUGGAUAUAUUCAUGAAAGUAGAAGGAAGGUGAAAAACGAGAUAAUAUCGUCGGAGUUCAUUUGCACCGCAGAGCGAGGUGCGCGAGCGAUUUCUAAUGAAUUAAUGAUGUGGCUAAAGCUGUCCUAUAGCGGAUCGAGUUUUGUACAGUUUUGACAGCUAAUAUUUAUUAAAAAUCUGUCAAGUGGUGUGUCUGGCUGCCUCGGCUAUCCAAGUUCUGCGUAGCGGUGGGCGAAAUCGGCAGAGAAAAAAUAAAAUAAAAAAUAUUUGUGUUUCCAAAGUGGCCGAUGCUCGCUAGCGCCAGAUGCGUGCUGCGAAACGUAAGAAGGAUGGAUGAUAGAGUUCGACAGAUGCCGUUUGCAACAACUAGUUAUAAAUCGGAGUGAAAUGAGCCGCUUCAGUUGAAUUGCCUGUUAAAUGAUAAUAUAUUAAAUUUAAAUAGUAAAUCAUUAUUGAAUAAACAGUUCGAGUACAAGUGCGGCGGGUCAUGUACGGGAUGUGAAGUUUGAUACAGGUGUUCAAGGUGUUACAUUAAUUAGAUUUCAUUUUAUCGAUCGAUUUCGAAGCAAAUACGUUAAAGAAAAUCGAAAAAUGAUGAAUAGAGUCAAUGGAAGAACAGUGUGAAACAGCAGGAAAUAGAAACAAGGCUCGAAUUAAUUUUACUUGUUUAUCGAAUUUGUUUUGUUAUUCUUUCCGGCCUCGGCUUAAAUGCUACGUUUUAUGUCUGAGUACGACUUCAAUUUUCUACGGUUCAAAGCAAGUGCAAGUUAUAUGGGGAGGAUAAACAAAAAUAUGUGUUCCCGUUGAAUUGGAGCCGAUUUUUCGGAGACGACGUUUUCAUUGCUGAUCAAUUCCGGCUAAGUUAGGUUUAAUUUUACUGUUGGUUAUUGUGCUGCCGAGUUUGUUUUGAUGCUGUUGAAGAUCUAGUAAGAGUGCUAUAUCGACAGGCAUUCCGUUGAAGUGAAAUAAAAGCAGAGGAAAUAUUUUCGUAUUUGUGGUGUCUCGAAAGUGUGCAUUUCUUUUUGGUUUCGUGGCUGCUCAUUUCUUUGGUUGCUGGUGGAGAAAUAUUUGAAACGAUGGGCAGUCGAAGCUUGGAGUGUCGUAAAUUUUCACCAAACAUCUUUAACAAGAGCAAAUGUACACACUGUUUUCGCCAGCGGGAGGAACACAGUGCGGCCGCUCUGGAAUGCAAUCGGGCAACAAGGAAAGUUUCGAAACGUGGAUAUUUAUUUGUGGCACCUGAUUGGGAUUUCAGCAACCCCCUCUACAGAACAAAGCGAUGGCAGCGAAGGUGGUUUGUCCUGUACGACGAUGGGGAGCUCACUUACUCGGUGGAUGAGCAUCCCGAAACAAUUCCACAAGCCAUUAUCGACAUGGCCAAGGUACUGGAAGUAACCACCGCUGAAGAUGUCACCAGUCAUCCAAAUUCUAUUGCCAUUACCGCACCUGAGCGGGUCACAUUUGUUAAGGGCACCUGCCCGGAAGAAAGUAAAUGGUGGUUCAAUGUGUUAUCAGCAUUUCCGAAAUCCAAGGGCCGUCAUAAAAGGAAUGCAACAUUUCCAGGAGGGCAGGCGACCACUAUUUUGCAGUCACAGUCUACAUCAACUGGACGGAACCGACAUAAUUCGUACCACAAAGAUUUGCUACCUUCGUCGCCUGUCGGUAAUUUAGUGGAUGCACUGACGGCACCCUGCUCAUGGAGUCCCGCAGCUACAAUGGCUUCUGACGAGAACAAUUUAAGUGCAAAAAAUGAGAAUACCAGCAUUACAACGACCAGCAGUAACAGCAACAGCAAUGGUAGCUGCAUUAACAAUGCCAAAGUGUAUAGUGACCAACCCGUUUCAUCUAAAUCGCCUCCCACCAGAGACAAAUUGCAUUCCGAGGGCAAAAUUCUAGCGCGUAUCAGGAAUCGCAAUCGAGUUUCACUGGAUGUAGCUGAUGCAGCGUCAAAAUGCUAUCUGUUGGAUGAUGUACGACGAGACGAAAAACUCAAAGACAUUGCCAACACCAUCACAAAUGUCAAUCGGUGGAGCUCGCCGUGUAUCGCAGAUACUCUCGCAUUAACGGCUGCCCCAGAUGAUAAGCCCACUCGAGAUGAGAACACCGUGCCACAGUUCAGUCCAAAAACUACCGGACAAAUGCGGCCCCAGUCCUUAUCAAUAUCGUCUACCGCACCGGCCAUUGUUUCUGCCAUUGUAAAAAAGAUUCCCACCGGGGUAUCUAAAUUAGACCUGUCGAAAACGAACAAUCAUACAACAACCUCUAGUCCGAAGUUGCGACCUAGUCAAAAUAACGAACGUGGCGAUCCAGAUGGGGACUGCGGUCUUGAUGACACUCCCACCAGCUAUCUUACAAACAGUUCCGAGCUUCGUGUUAGCCUGCCGUCAGAAGAUUUGCUCAACUCAAAGAAAGGCUGGCUAAUGAAACAGGAUACUCGGACUGGUGAAUGGAGCAAACACUGGUUCACGCUUCGCGGAGCAGCUCUAUUUUAUUACCGUGACCCUGUGGCUGAGGAAAAAGGAGUGUUAGAUGGUGUUCUAGAUGUAAAUAGCAUCACUAAUAUUAGCGAAGUACCAGUCAACAAAAAUUUCGGUUUUCAGUUGACGACAUGGGACAAUCGACGAAUUGUAUUAUCAACCGUGACCAUAAGCAUAAGAAACAAUUGGAUUAAUGUGCUCAAGAAUGCGGCAGGAUUACCUCAAACCAAAGUUACGCUAAACAAUACUACUUUAGGAUUGAACAAUCAGAACGAUGAAAACUUCGAAACGUUAGUAGAUAAGCCUGCUUUGGAAAUCCAGAUAAUAGACAGUGGGCAAAUGCAGGAUAAUAGUAAUAACCUAGUCGGAAGUAACCGUGUCGGUAUAGAAACUAAUCGUGGCGAGGACACCGUAGAUUGUAAAGCUACCCAAAAAAGGCAAGACGUUAUAAUACACCUAACGAAAUCAAACAGUACCAGUGACGCUUUGAAUAACAAUGUAACUCAGUCAUCUAAUACUACAACGAUAGCAACAACUCCAGUGACUCCGAAAUCGACUCUAUUCUCGUCAGAUGAGGAAUACCGUACAGCGUCUGAAGGAGGACGGAGAGAUAGCGUGGGUGACUGGGGUUCGCCAUUGUCUCCUUCUCCUCCAGUGCCACUUUCAGCGAUAGCAAGAACCAAAGAUAGAUUAAGAUCGUCUCAUAAUCGGUUACACAAACGAAGCCGCUCAUCACCACCCAGCUCUCGUCGUAGUACGAUUGACAGUGUUCAGUCAGAAGAUCUCCUGCUCAUUAAUGCUGUUCAAGAGGAAGUUUGUAUCGACAAAGAAAUUCAACUGCGAUUACAAGCGGCUGAGAAAGAGCUAUCAAUGCUGCGAGAAGAAACUCAUGAACGUGAGGCGCGUAUGUCUGAGCUUCUUACCUCACUGGAACGGACCGAGCAAGAACUAACUAAAAAACGAGAAAGUGAAGAAACUCGAGAAAAGCUUCUGAUGCAGAUGGACGAAAGUCGGAACAGUGCUCAAGAAAUUAUCGAUAGGAUUACCGUGGAGCUAGAAAAGAGCCGUGAAACAAUAAAAGACCUAGAAGAUCGAUUGUCUCGAGGAAUCGAAGAAAAUGAAUCGCUCUACAAGAAAAUGCGCGACUUUGGAAUAUCUAGUCCUGCGUCAAGCCUAUGCAGCUUGAACACAAAGAUUGGUAGAAUGAAACGAAUGGAUUCGUUCAUUGAUUUAACCAGUUUAAAUGAGGUUGAUCCCAGCAACCUUGAUAAGGAUAUGCUAAGUGACGAAUAUCAUGAGUUGCGCGCACGCUUCGUAAAAGCCGUUAGUGAACUAAAAGCUAUGAAGCGUGAGCUGAAAGAAUCGCACAAGAUGUUUGACGAUUUAGAGAUAUCCUACGUGACUUUGAAGAAAGAAAUCGAGCGUCAGCAGAAAGAACACGAAUCGCAAACACGCAUGAUGGCAGAUAGGAUACAGGAUAUGACAAAUAAAUAUACAAAUGCAGAAAAGCAAGUGCGGAUGUUGAAACAAAAACUGGUACGGAAUGAAAAGCGGAGAUCAUUGUCGUUGAAGGGAAAGGAAUCGCUUUCAAUACAAAAAGAGUUGGAAGAAAAAGUAACCGAGUUGGAGAACAAAAUCGAUGCUUUGGAGCAAGGAGUUAUUAUGGUUGAAGCAGCAUCUUCUCCGUUGGAAUCUUCAGAGAUGAAAAAAGUGAAACGUGCAACUGCUCGACUUCGAAGAAAAAGUCUAGACAGUGCAACGAUGUCAUCCCAGCCAAUGCAAGUACUGUUACGACUCAAUACUCUGGAAAAACGUGUUGAUACUGUAAAGGCGACAGCUGGUGAAAUAUUAACCGUACCGAAAUCACUUGAAAUCAGCAGUAGUAGUGAGACUCUCCCGGUCAGCAGUGCUAGCAGCAGUUCUCAUCAAACUGCUCCUGCACCUAAUCCAACCCAACCGAAAGUCUCUGAACACCUCAUGGAUCGUUUGAAAAGCCUUGAGGGUGUAGUAAUUUCGGUUAGAGAACUUGUAAAUCAAAGUAUGCACCAGUUCCAAAAUCUAAAGUCAUCGCGAUCACGCAGAUCGGUUUCACCGAUAGCCGAUAAGAAGGAUUCGUUCAAAUUUGUCGAACGUUGUUUAUCGGAGGUGGCUAAGUUACUUCGUGAUAGCUGUGAUAAUUGUGUGAUUCAUGAUUUUGCUUUGAAUAAUAAUAUUGUUCUGUUGCCAGAAUCGAAUCCAAUCAAAUUGGCACUCACGCAAAUGGAAAGUCAACUCAAAAACAAACUCAGUGAUCUAUUGAAACAGCGCCGGAUGCUGCGCGAGACGAAUGGUCUAAGUCAGAAAAAGGAUAUGGAAUUACUAGCUGAACGAAUAGCAUUUGAGAGCGUCUGUUUCGGACGACUACGGAAUGCACUAGAACGAGCAGAUAACAUGAAAGAAUAUGAAGAUAAACUAACCAAAGUGGAAGUCUCCGAAACAAUACAGCUAAUGUCAAUGCUAAAGGCAAAACUUGCCGGUAAGUGUGGCAUCAAACCAAAUAGCAGUAUCGAUGUGCUUGCUAGUGUUUUAGCAAGAAAGCUUAUGCUCUCAGCAGGCAGGACAAGUAAUAUAAGGCCAUUCAAUUUUCCUCCACUAAGCGAUAGCUUGCUGGAAGAUCUUUUACGACAACAGAAUGAAAUACAUAUGGUAGCCAAACGGUAUAAAACCACAGUAAUGGAAAACUUGGCAUAUGGAUUGGCUGCCGAAACUCUCAGUUACAUUUCAUCUUCAAACGAAACAAUCCAAGGCGCAGUUCAGGAGGCUUGGCGACAAGCUCAAGAAGCAGUUAACGCCGAAUUAGUCCAGUCUGAAAUCGCUCACAUAAUGAUGCGUAAUGCCCAACGUUAUGAGAAUGCAUUAACGCCUGCUUUCGGGUAUGCACUCUCGACAAACGAGCGUAUAAAUUUCGAAAAUUUCGCCGACGCUGUUCAAGAUGUUCUUCGCGGUGAAAUGGAGCUAGCCGUUACCCAGUUAACCGAGUGCUACGAAGAGAGUCUAGCUAAAAUGAAACGAGGCCAGUGGCGAUUACAUCUCGAACAAGAACGAAAACCAAGUGAAGGCCGCCAAUUGCUGGCUGAGUUUGCUGACAUUAUUGCUCAUAAAGCGCUGAUCGAUGCGCGUGUUCAGGUACUAAAAGGUGAUUACGUGCCGGCCAAAAUAAAACUUAUUAGUGAAGAUGCGAACAGUUUUAGUGUUGUCGCAUUGAAGAAGUAUGAAAACUUGUACACCGAUCUCACUUUCGACCUGGAAAUUGCCAAUGCAGAUGACAUUCUUGCGGAAGCAGAUUUUAAUUUUAUGUAUAAAUACUUUACGAAUGAACACUUAAACAACAAAGCUGAUAUUAAAGAAAUAUCACAAGCGCUCAAUGAGCUAGAACGAAUGAUAGUUUCACUGCAGAAUACAAUGAUACCUGAAAAUGUUCUCAUUGCUAGUUCAAUUGACGCUGACAGCCUGCGAAGUAUUCAUACACGUUGUUUGGAUAUUCAAAAACGCAUAACCUCUUUAAUUGCGGCCGCAAAAACAUUACAAUUGCAGUGUAAUGAGUGUGAGCGGUUGCAAGAAACACUAAUCGAAAUCUCUGAUCGCCACGAGUCCGACAUGGCUGGCUUAAAGCAACAGAACGAGGCCAAAGUUACUCAGCUUAACAGAAAAAUUGAUGAGCAAAAACAGCUUAUCGUGAACAUUGAAAAUGAAAAGAGGGAAAUUCAAGAAAGGCUCAACAAUGAGAAAAAUGCAUUAAAAUUGCGAGAGAAAGAGUUCGUCGAACUAAGUGCAAAAAUCUGCAAUUAUGAGUCGAUGUGCCAUGAUAAAAACAAAGAAAUAGAAGAAUUGCUGGAAAACUUUGAUGAAGAACGAAAAAAAUCGAAAGUACUUCGAGAGAAGUACGAUGAACUUUCCACCAACUACCUGCGAAAUGUGGAGGAGUACACCGAACUAGAGAAAGAGCGUGACCUUGUUUUUGAGCAACUUCAAAAGGAGAAAGAUCGAGUAAAAAAACUUGAGAGACAUCUUGAAAUGUUGGAAGCAGAACACGCACAACAAGUCGACAACCUGCAUGCUGCUUAUCGGGAACAACAAAUGGCAAAUGAAAUUGAUUCACAGAAAGAUAAGGAUGACGAGGAUAGUUUGCGAUUGAAAUAUCAAGCAGAAAUUGAGCAGUUGAGAGCUUUGUGUGAAAAGGGGCUGGCAGCAAUGGAAGCGUCCCAUAAGCGCAUCAUACACGAUUUGCAAGAAAAACACCAGCAUGAUAUUGCUCGAUUAAUUGUGGAGAAAGAACAAGCUUUAGCCGAAGAAACUCAGGCAACUUUGGCAGCAUUAGAUGCAAUGAGGAAAGCUCACCAGAACGAAGUGCAACGCGAGGUGGCUCGUUUCAAGCAAGAAUUUCUGAGGCAGUUUCAGAAAGGAGGACAGCCUCCACUCGCGUAUAAGGAGAAAGAGCAAGAACUUGAGGAUGUAAGACAAGAAAUAUUGUCCCUUUCGGAAAAAUAUUCAAUGAAAUGCGUGGAAACUGCGUCAUUGGAAGAAAAAUUACGAAUUGCUUCUCAACAGCUCAAGUACUCCCAACAGCAUAUUCAACAACUUGAUGUUAGGAAUAAGCAAUUGCGUGCGCACUUUGUAUCUGGAGAAUCCAGUGAACCCUCUUCAUCAAACAGCUACUCCUUAAAAGGAAGCUUUGAUAGCGCACAUGAAGAUGUACGCAGUGUCAAAAGUUUUUUGAGCAGCAACAGCAGCAAUGCGGUGAAAACUCCUGCAGUGACGGUAACCGCGGUUAUGAGCACCACAAAUAGUUUGGCAACUACAACGUCUGCCAGCACGGCGACUAGCAGUCUAUCAUCCAUGGGCCACUGCAUUGAAAAUCAUCACAAAGAGUACCACACAAUUAAUAAUAAAAAAGAGUCACACCCUAAAUUAAAGCUUUGCGAAGGAGCCAAAUUAAAUGUUUCACCAGUCUUCCCUACCUCGACUUCAACGACCAGCAUGUUCGACAGGCUGACAGGCAACCUAGCGAGCAGCAGUAACAAUCGAGCCAAAGUUCUGAACUCCUGUUCUGUUCUAAGUAACGAAUCAUCCAGCCCUAGCACUAGCAACACCCAGCAGCCAUCACCUCUCAGCCAAACCUUCAACUCGACGAAUGCUACCUAUACUAGCAGCAACAAAAGCAGAACCAGCAGCACUAGCAGCAAUAAUAAUAAUAAUGAUACCGAAAGUCUAACUGAGCCUAAGUCUGCGUUAAAAAUAUGUUCGCCCCCUCCCCUAGAUGAGAGGGACGUUGAACAGAUUCAUCGAUUCGAAUUGGAAAUCUGAAACAGCAUUGGAAAUGAACCAUCAUAUUCAUCAUCAUUAUUAUUAUUUAAUCACGCAUAAUUGGUUGAAUCAGCUUACAGCGAAUGCUCAAAAAUACACUGUUUCAGUUGCAGCAUACCACAAAAACCUUUAAACAUUCUAGCACGUUAUUAUUUUUCUUAAGUGUCAUUUUGUACCAGCAACAACUUCCUGAUUGCUCCCACCAGUUAAUUGUGCACGCAGAAAAAAUAUAUCGAGGACGCUUUAUUUUAUUAUUUUUAUUUAUCAAUCACUGUAAAUUACUUAGAUUUAAAACUACGAUUGCAAAACGAUCUUUCAACUAUUUCUUUUAAUGUGUACAGUGUAGUUGUGUACUGUAAAAUGCAUAACAUAUAGUAAAAUUCAUCAUAUCAUAAGUAGAAUAUAACUAGAAUGAUGAUUCUAAUUCUUAAAGUACGUUUGUUUGUAGGAGAUUUGGAAGCAAUCUUUUCGCUAUAAAAUGUCACCAUCAUUUGAUGAAUUACCGUGAAAGAAAAAGAAAAUGUAGUUUAGUUUGGUAUAUGCGGUAUUUCCAUCCUGGGCAAAAGUCCAAAUUUGUCGGUUUUGAAUAUUUCGAACCAGACAUAGUAUUUUUAGGCAUCUAAAAUUUUAAAAUUAUUUCUUUUUCUUUUAGAUUUUUCGUCAAAAUAUUUGAAAGUCUUUCCUUUUGCCAUCCUGGUUCUAUUUAAUAUAAUGUUCAUUAAUAAACAU